GCACUUACUGAACGUCUGGGGUUUGAAGUCAGUAUUUCGGGUCAGUGGUGGAGUGAGGAGCUCUGGCAUUUUCAUAUUUUUUUAAGAGUAAAGAGCCAGAAUGGAAGAAGACACAGAAUACCUCAAGCUGCCUCUGGAGGACCGCUGUGUACACAAGCUGUGGAAAGCACGUCUCAAUGGGUAUGAAGAGUGCACAAAACAUUUUGCAAAGAUAACAGAUGAACGCUCUCCAGAAUUCAAUAAAUUCGCUCCUCUCAUGAAGAAGUUUGUUACGGAUAGUAAUGCAGUUGCACAAGAAAAAGCUUUGGAUGCAGUCUUGGCAUUUGUGGAAAAUGCCCACAUUGCUGGCAAAACUGCUGGUGAUUGUACAUCAGGUAUAGUCCAGAAAUGUUUAGCUGCUCCCAAGCGAGGAACACAGGAGAAGGCGUUGGAGGUUAUUCUUUUAUACUGUGAAAUUGAGAAAUAUGAAGUGGUCCAAGAAGAGCUCAUGAAAGGCUUUACACAAAAAAAUCCCAAGGUCGUUGCAGGAUGUGUACGUGCGUUAAGUACAGCUUUGAGGGAAUUUGGGCCAAAAGUUAUCAACCCAAAGCCCUUGAUGAAGCAAAUGCACACACUAUUAGAAGACAGAGACAAGACUGUAAGAGAAGAGGGUAAAAAAUUGGUAAUCGAAAUGUACAGAUGGAUCCGUCAAGCCUUGAAGCCUCAGAUGUCUUCACUUAAACCAGUUCAGGUUCAAGAACUGGAAGCAGAAUUUGAAAAGCUCGGUAAUGAGAAGGUGGUUCAGACUCGUUUCCUACGAUCACAACAAGAGCUUAGAGCCAAGAUAGAGGCUCAAGAAGAUGGAGAGGAAGAUGAAGAUGAAGAGGAGGAAGAGGAAAUGCCAGCUUUAGAUCCCUAUGACUUAUUUGAACCAGUCGACAUCCUAUCCAAGUUGCCAAAAGAUUUCUACGAAAAAGUUGAGGCUAAGAAAUGGCAAGAGCGCAAAGAAGCAAUGGAACUACUGCAACCCUUGACGCAGAACCCUAAAUUAGAGCAGGGUGACUACCACGAUCUCAUGAAGGCACUGAAAAAAAUCAUCGGCAAGGAUUCCAAUGUAAUGAUAGUGGCACAAGCAGGAUUGUGUGUGGCAGGGUUGGCUAAGGGACUGAAAAAGAAAUUCCAGCCCUUUUCACUAUCAUUUACAGAGACAAUCCUGGAGAAGUUCAAAGAAAAAAAGGCUAAUGUUGUCACUUCUAUGCGUGAAGCCAUUGAUGCUGUGUACCAGACGACCACCUUAGAAGCUAUACAAGAAACAGUAAGUGCAGCUCUGGCCAAUAAAAAUCCACAAGUGAAAGCUGAGACUACAGCAUUCCUGGGAAGAGCAUUAUGUUAUUGUACCCCAGUAAUACUCAACAAAAAACUGUUGAAAGUCAUUACUACAGACCUUUUGAGAGGCUUAAAUGAAUCAGAUCCUACUGUUCGUGAUAACUCGUGUGAAGCUCUGGGUGUUUGUUUGAAAGUGGUGGGAGAGAAACAAAUGAUGGCGUUCAUUGCUGAUGUCGACAGCUUAAAAAUGCAAAAGAUCAAGGAGGCAUCAGAAAAGGCAGAGUUAAAAGUAAAGAUAUCUGCUCCAAAAGCCAAAAAGCAAGUAGCAAGCAAGAAAGAGACUUCCAAGCAAGCAGAGGCUUCAGCUUCUGGUCCAAGUAAAGUUGUUAAGGGAGGAGCCAAACGGGCUCAGUUAGACCCAGCCAAAGGAAAGAAAGUAUCAGCUGGAAAAGGCAUUAAAGGUGGUGGAGGUGGGGGAAGCAGAGGAAGAGGGUCUUCUGUGGAGGAUUGUAAAGAAGCAGAAAUCUCCCUAGAAGAAGCGUUAGAGAAAGCUGGAGAAGUAAUGCCUGAAGAUGUCAUGAGUGGAAUUACUGAUGGGAACUGGAAGACUAGAUUAACUGCUGUGGAAUCCUUCAUUGAGACAACAAAUGCAAUGGAUCGCAGUGAAAUUCCAACUCAGGCAUUAGUAAGAGUCCUUGCCCAAAAACCAGGCUUCAAAGACAACAAUUUCCAAGUUCUUAAAUUGAAGCUUGAAGCCCUCAAACACCUUGCUGAAAAUUCUGACUUCACAAGACGGUCAGGAGAGGUAUGCAUUCAGGACCUUGUAGAGAAACUGGGAGAUCCCAAGAAUGGACCAUUGUGUGGAGAGGUUCUCACUGCUAUGGCUGAGGCAGCAAAGCUACAAUGGGUUGGCCCAGAAGUCAUGACCAAAGCAUUUGAACAGAAAAGUCCCAAAGUUCAAGAAGUUGCACUUAAAUGGCUCUCAGAGGCAAUCACUGAGUUUGGCUUUGUGUUGCAGCCAAAGGCACUUAUAACUGAUAUAAAGAAGGCCCUGGCACAUACCAACCCAGGUGUAAGGACAGCUGUUACACUCUGUGGUACCAUAUACCUUUACAUGGGUACCACACUCAGAGUCUUCUUUGAGGACGAGAAAGCUGCACUGCUUCAACAGAUUGACACAGAAUUUGAGAGACUAAAUGGCACAACUCCCCCUCCUCCUACUCGAGGCCUCAACCGAGACAGCAGUACUGAUGAUGGAGAAGACGACGAUAUUGACUCUGGGCCAGCCACCAUCAAUGUCCAAGACUUGGUACCACGCACCAGCAUCAGUGAACAACUCACCUCCACUCUUUUCAAUGAGUUAGCUGAUAAGAAUUGGAAGGUGAGAAAUGAAGCACUGCAAAAAGUGUCAAAUAUCAUAUCUGAGGCCAAGUUUAUCAAGGGAGAUGUCAGUGAACUGCCAACUGUACUUGCAGCACGCAUGAAUGAUAUGAAUAAGAACUUGGCCCUGGAAGCCCUGCGUAUAACUGCAUCUCUUGCUGUUGCUUUAGGUCCUUAUUGUAAACCUCACACAAGAAAUAUUGUUCCUGGUAUACUAGCUGCCCUAGGGGAUAGCAAGCAAAAUAUUCGCCAACAGGCCAUGAGCACACUCAAUUCCUGGGUGGAACAGUCAGGAGUGAAGGAAACCAUCGAUGGCGAGGUGUUUGCUGAUGCACUCAAGUCAGGGUCUCCUUUCCUCAAAUCUGAACUGUUUCUCUGGAUGGCAGAGAAAAUAAAGGAUGCUCCACCAAAAGGCAUAAAUAAAGAGGAAUUACAUGCCUGUACUCAGUACCUGUUCAUGGCAUUGGAGGAUCGUAAUGCUGAUGUGAGAAAAGGUGCUGGCGAGGCUGUGAUGCCCUUCAUGAUUCACCUUGGCUUCGAUGGCAUGGUCAAACACACCAGCAAAGUUAAGCCAUCUUCCAAAAACACUGUGAUGCAAGCUUUGGAGAAAGCCAAGACCAGCUUACCAGCAAAACCUCAACCUAAGCCAAAAGGCAGCACUAGUGGAGGUGGUCACACUGGUCGUUCAGGACAAGUUGGUGGAGGGAUGCCAGCCUCGGGAGGGAAAGGUAGUACACCAACUGGCAAGAAAAGCAUAAGGGCACCCUCUGCUACAAGAACGGGUUCAUCUGGUGGUCGUAAAGAUUCAGAGGAUGUAGACACAUCCCCACUCCUCCAAGUGAACACACUCAAGCAGCAACGGGCAUCAGAUGAGCAACGCCUUAGAGUGUUACGUUGGGAUUUCUCAACUCCUCGAGCAGAGUUCAUAACACAGUUAAAAGACCAAAUGACUGCAGCAGGGAUGAAUCGUCAGUUGGUCUCAAACAUGUUCCAUCAAGACUUUAAGUUCCACAUUAAAGCUAUUGAUGCUCUAAAUGAGGACUUAAAUUCAAACUUGCCAGCUUGCAUUGCCAAUUUGGACUUGGUUUUGAAAUGGCUAACUAUUCGGUUCUUUGACACAAAUCCUUCUGUAAUCAUGAAAGCUAUGGACUACUUGCAGCAAGUCUUCCAGUUUCUUUCAGAAGAUGGUUACCAUUUAUUAGACAUAGAAGCCUACUGUUUCCUACCAUUCUUGGUCACAAAGUUUGGGGAUCCUAAAGAUUCAAUUAGAGGGCCAGCAAGAAAUAUUGCAAGGUUGAUUUGUAACAUUUACCCUGCCAGUAAAGUAUCUCCAUAUAUGAUGGAAGGACUCAAAGCCAAAAACGCUAGGCAAAGAGCAGAAUGCUUAGAAGCCAUUAGUAAUUUAAUAGAGGUGUAUGGCAUGUCAGUGUGCCAACCCUCUCCUGGUGUGGCUUUGAAAGAAAUUGCUAAACAGAUUGCAGAUCGUGACAACUCGGUCAGGAAUGCUGCCCUUAAUGCCUUAGUUCAGGUGUACUUCCGAGAGAGCGAGAAGGUGUUCAAGCUUGUUGGAAAUCUUGCUGACAAAGACAUGAGCCUUUUGGAGGAGCGCAUUAAGAGGGCGACUAAGAAUCGACCUGUUAUAAAGAAGCCACCAGUUGAACCAGAAAUACCAACAGUGCGAGGGGGUGGGGCAGCCAAUGGACGAAUCAACCGUGUCAUACCAACUGCAGCUCAACCUGCACCAGCUCUUGUUAGAGACCGAGAAAGCAGUGCUGGUGGGGAACAGAGCAAUCUUUUGAAGAGAAGAAUGAACAGGAACCCUAGUUGGAGCUCUGAAUCAAUGGACCGAAGCCAGGAUGAUUUAAAGUGGUCCCCACCAGUGUGGCACAAACCUCCCCGGCAUAAUUCCAUAGCUGUCUCUAGUAGUACUAGCAGUCUGAGUAGUACAAGCAAUAUUAGUAGCUUAGGAAGCUUAAACAGUUGUGAUGUCAACCCAAAUUCAAGUAGAGGUCAGCUGAAGGGAGAUUGGCCGUUGCCUCCUUUGCGUAGGAGGCCCCUUACUUCAGCCUCCCUAGAGCAAGCACGUCGCAUAUCUCGCUCGCUCUCUUUCCUCUUGGGAGAGCCUGACUUGGAGCCUUUGGCUGAAGAGCCACCUUCGCCUCAUAAUGGCCCUUCUCAUGCACUGCCUCCUCUUUCUCCUCACAUGCCUCCUCUUCUCACAAGAACCGUCACUUCACCUCUCUUCCCUGGGUUUGGGAUGAGGAGCCAGCAGCCUAGCAAUGUGAAUACUCCAUUCAAAAUUGAUUAUGGGCUUAUUGAAAAACUUUUGGAGGACAAUGAUAAUGCAGACAGACCACAGUAUAACUUAGAAGAAAUCCCCGACAUGGCUUCCUUACUCAAUUAUAAACCAAUUUGUCCCACACCUGCUUCCAGAUUAACCAGACCUGGGUUCAGCUCAGUGUCUAGACCAAUUACCUCUGCCCAAACGUUAGAGACUGAGGGAGCAGCUCAGGCUAUCAAUAUGGUCAUAUCUCAGGUUGCCACUCCAGAUGCCAAUACUGUUAUAACAGCUUUAUCACAGUUGGAUGAGGUACUGCAGUCAGAAGAGCGGUGUUGUGAACUGGCUCCUCACAUAGAUCAGCUUCUGAUUGUGGCCACACUUCAGUAUCGUCUAGUCCUCAAUACAAAAAUGGCAAACCCUAAUGUCAAUAAGGAAGAGUGUAUAAAAAUCUAUCGGUCACUAACGAACUGCUUGAUGAUGAUUUUCAAUAACAAACAGCUCGGAACAAAAGCAACAAGAGAUGUUCUCAGAGAUGUAGUACACGUUCUUAUUCACAUCUUGUUAGAUCCCCGCCUUUCUCAGUUGGAGGAUGGACCCCAGAUUAUUCGCGCAAUUAAUGUGCUAGUAGUUCGUAUAGUUGAAAAGGCACAGUUCACUCAUGUAUUCAGUGCCCUAUUGAAGUUGCUGCACGAGAGUGUGGGUAGUGGUGGUGGAUGCAAGUUCACUGAACUGGUGAUGAAAUGUAACUGGAAGGUGAUACUUUCCUUCCCUCCCGCACUAAUGGACCUUGAUUUUCGCCCAAAAAUACUUCGAGUCCAUAAUUUCCUAGUGGCUUAUCCAGUCAGCUCGUGGUCUGAGCGGCCGUCGGACACGCCAUUGCGCACGAUCAAAACUGUUAUCCACACCCUAUGUAGAGUAUACGGCACAACUAUCCUCAGUCACUUCUCCAAAAUUGACAAUGCUCAUGGUUCUGAACUUCACAAGUAUCUUACUAAAGUUCUCAAAAAGUCAAAGACUGAAGAUGAUGGUGGCAUUGGUGAUAGCAACAGAUUAGCUGCAGCACAAGUUACUAAUGAUUCUGUGGAGAGUGGUAAAUCUCCUAAGAGACUAAGUAAAACAGCUCACAACACACUAUCAGAGAUCUUCCGCAAGAUUGGCUCAAAGGAAAACACUAAAGAAGGUUUGAUCCAACUAUAUGAAUUCAAGCAAAAACAUCCAGAAGCAGACAUUGAACCAUUCUUGAGAAAAUCAUCACAGUUCUUCCAGAAUUAUAUUGAGCGAGGCCUGAAAAGAGUAGAAAUGGAACGACAGGCGGAAGUAAAAGUAGCAUCUAACCCUGCUUCAGAAAAUGGGUCAAACUCAGGACCUUUGGCUUCCAUCCAAGUUCCAGACACUACCAACUUCAACAUGAAUGACCUCGUUGAUCAGUUCAAGUCCAUUGCUGCUCGUGCUGGAUUUGACAAUACCUACAUUGACACUGCUGUGAAAGAUAUUUGCAGUACUGAAAAAGAUGUGAAGGUGGAUAUCUCUGAAUACAUCAAAAGCAUACCAUCUGAAUUUUCUGUAGAACAAACUAUGGAUCGUUAUGGUUCUCAUGAUCAGUGAAACUUGUAAUUUUUAUUUUAUAUAAUUUUUUUGCAAAAAAGCACAAAUAAUUCAUAAUUUUAUUCGAGGACAGUGUUGAGUAACGAACAAGUUUUAAAAGAAAGCCAGUGGCUUUGUGUAGUGGUUACUUGACUGGAGUUUUAUGUUUUGAGUGGAUGUGCUUGGUGUAUAAAUAUUUCUGUGAACAUCUAAACUUCAAGUUAAGAUUUAUUUGUUUUUCCAGCAAGAGUGAUGGUUCACAGUAGGUGGAUGGUGGACCAUGAAAUGUGCCUCAAACUUCAUUGCGUAAGAAUUUCAAUUGUAUACUGCUUAGACGGCUUGAUAUUCUGAUGCUACAUUAUAAAUUGAGUCCUUGAAUUAUUUGUUCUCAUUCCAUCUGCCAUGUAACCAUUUAUCAGAAUUCAUUUCAUAUAAGUAUCUUUUAAACACAAACCUAAAGCUAAAUUAGGAAAAUUGGUAAUUAAAGAUUCACUUUAAUUUUUGAUAAUUUGGGGCCAAGUAAGUGCCACAUUCACACUAUCAUCAUCCCUCCUGAAGACUGGUCCUAAAUGAAUCUCUGUAUGUAUGUACGUACAGUAUUGUGAAGGCUGCUUAGUUAAAAAUGUGAUCUGGGAACAGCAGUGUGUAAUACUAUCCACUGAUAGGUUGAUAAGAGUUUUAUGUCAUUAUAUCUUCCAUAUAAUUCAUGUCUCCCAAAUAUCUAUACAGCCUCUGCGUAUCUAGAUUUUUCUUUUUUAAUUUUUUCUGAAUGGAUUACCACUAGUGAGCAUGUGUAAGUGAUGUAUCGAGCCAGAACUUCCAUUUAUAUACAUAUAUAUCUAAAAUGUCUUAAUAUUCACAGUUACCUAUACAACUUAGACAAACUGUGAUCUCGUAUAAUUCAAUCUGAAGUAAAUUAAAUGUUUUUUUUUUUUUUCAUGCACUUGUAUUUUAUUUUGGGGUUACCCAUCUGGAGUAAUAAGGUAUUAUAAAUCAGUUUCCACAAUGCAUCUUUUGCAUUACUUUAACUGACGUUACAUUAUGUAAGGAACUUUUCGUAUCAUUCCAAAAUGCAAAUUUACUUGUCUACCAUAAAAUAAACUUCAGAAAAGUUAAGCAUGAGUCCUUAAUUAUAAUUCAUGUAGCUGCAUUUUAGCAGAUUUCAUCUAUGUUCAGAUUUUCCUGAACAAGCCUCAAGCCAAACAUUCUCUUCAUGAACUGUACUGUAAUUGUAAUUUUUUUCUUAGAUGUGAUUCAUUUAACUUUCACUGUUUUUGUUAAUCUUCAAAAAAAACUUUAAUUGUAGUUUUAUAUUUUUUCCAUAAAUAACUUCCUUUGCAAAGCACCUCGUGUAAAUACUCAAGUUUUAGUUCAAUACAAUUAACUUAUAAAACUACCUAUACAAAUUAGGAUUUAUUGUAAAAUGGUUUAGUCAAUAAAUAAUAGAGAAAAGACCAAGAA